UACUUAUUUUCAAUUCAAUUCAAUGGGAACCAUCGCUUGUUGUACUACUACCAAGGUUUCUCGUUCACCACGCCUCUCAGAGCUUAGCUCUUUACCUGCUCUUAGCUUAAUUCUCCCGAGAGCUUCGUUUCUGCUCUUCCGAAACCUUUACUUCACACCCAGACCCAGAUUACGAAUGGCGUCGCCGCUCCAGGUCUCUGCAUCAUCUACAGUUGGUGUAUCACAAGAAGGACUGGAGGAUUCGUCUCCCGGUUUGGUGGGGGAAAAUGAUUUGCUGAUUGUUGGACCAGGCGUACUUGGGCGCAUGGUGGCAGAGCAGUGGAGGAAGGAACAUCCAGGUUGCCAAAUUUUUGGACAGACGAUGACCACGGAUCACCAUGAUGAAUUGAUUAAACUUGGGAUAGAUCCAUCUUUAAGGGAAACAAGAGCAACUCAGCAGUUUCCCUAUGUAAUUUUCUGUGCUCCUCCAUCCCGGACUGUGGACUACCCUGGUGAUGUCAGGUUGGCUGCAUCAAACUGGAAUGGCAAAGGUUCUUUCCUAUUUACAUCAAGUAGUGCCCCAUAUGAUUGCUAUGACAAUGGAUCUUGUGAUGAGGACUCUCCAGUAGUUCCCAUAGGAAGAAGCCCUCGGACAGAUGUCCUUUUAAAAGCAGAAAGUGUGGCACUGGAGAUUGGUGGUUGUGUUCUUAGACUAUCUGCACUUUACAAAGCAGAUAAAGGUGCCCAUGUUUAUUGGCUGGAGAAAGGGAGUGUAGAAGUUCGUCCAGAUCACAUUCUCAAUCUUAUUCAUUAUGAGGAUGCAGCAUCCCUUUCAAUUGCAAUUUUAAAGAAGAAAUUCCGUGGUCGGAUCUUCUUGGGCUGUGACAAUCAUCCUUUAUCCAGGCAGGAAAUAAUGGACUUGGUGAUCAAAAGUGGGAAGUUCAGCAAAAAGUUUGAGGGUUUUACAGGCACUAAUGAUCCUUUAGGAAAGAGGUUAAAUAACUCAAAAACUCGUGCAGAAAUUGGAUGGGAACCAAAAUAUCCAAGCUUUGCUCAAUUUCUUGGACUACAAGAAUAACUGCAGCUUCUCUCUUUAUUUUCAAGAUUUCUUUCAAUCAAGAAGCAAAGGAAUAGGUUUGGUUGCAUUGAGACCCUAUGGUCUAUGGAAGACCAUUUUAAAGAUAUUAUUUUAUUGUCUUGCAAUUCUCUCUGCUGCACUACAGAUCUAAAUCAUUUAUUUGUACACAGAAAGGUCAAACAAGCUCAAGAUGUAUGCAAGUUAAUUUAAAAAUGCUCGAAUUCCAUCAAGACUCGUUCUUGGAACCUUUUGGUGAAUUCAUUUUCUGAUGGGAGCUGAGCUCUCUAUCCUUGGACAUGCCCAAGCUUUCCAUUGCUGUGAAUGCGCCACUGUGAAAUCAAUAUAUCAGAUUCUUGGGAUUAUAUGUAGUAUGUUUCUGGGAUCUGUGCAUGUUUUAUCAAUCUUUUGCAAUGACAUGGCGUGACUUUCAGGGUAUCAA